AUGAUUUUAAAUCGAGAUAUAAAAAUUCUUGUUGGAUUUAUAUUCAGUUUAAUGAUAUUUGUAAGCUUACGUGAUAAUCCUAUUCAAGAUUUUCAAGAUGAUAUUAUUCCGCAACAUUAUAAUCUUGAAUUUAUUGAUUAUUCAGAUCAAAUGAUUUGUAAUGUUAUAAUAUUUUUUCAAUUUACACAAGAUCGUUUUGCAUUAUUACAUCAAUAUGAAUGUUAUACUAUGGAUAUUCUUCAAUUAUGUCUUCCAAGAAAUUUAUUUAAUUAUACUUUAAAUACAACUCAAAUAUUUGAAACAUAUUUUUCUCGAACAUUUCCAUUGAAUAAAUUAACAUUAAUUACUGUUUUAGAAUCGAAUGAUCGAAUUAUUUCAAAACCUGGUUUAGUAUUUAUUGAUCAAAAUAUUUUAUUAACUAAUAUAUCAACUAAACAGAUUCUCCAACAACAUGAAUCAAUUUUUUUUCUAAUAGCUUAUCAAUGGGUUGAUACAUUAAUUCAAUUUAAUAAUAAAAAUCAAUGGAUUGGAAAAAGUUUAGCAAGAAGUAUCGCUAGACAUUUAUUUAAUAAAACAAAUAAUCCAAUUGAAAAAUUCAUGUCAACUGUUAUCAUUGAUUCAUUAUGUAAUACGGAAUCAGAUGAAAAAAUAAAUAACAUCAUAUUUGAAGAUAUUUUAAUUAAAAAAGGUGAAGCAUUUUUAACUGCAUAUCGAUUAUCUAUUGAUGAUAAUGAAUUUCAAUCUCAAAUUCCACAACUAAUCUUUAAUGAAUCUGUUCUCUUCACUAACUCAUCAUUAAUUGGGUCACAAUUUCUUGAUCAUCACAUAAUUUCCCUCAAUUCAUCAACAAAUGAUAUACAAUUAUUCAAAUUGAAUUCAAAUUGUUCAUUACCUAGUUUUCCACUAACACUUUAUAAUUCUUCAUUCAUAUCAAAUCCAUUUUUCCAUAUCUUUUAUUCCUCAUGGGAUCAUUUUAUUAAUGGUAUAAAAUUCUUUCAACAACAAAUUAAUUCAUUCUCAAAAGUUCUAUUCGAUAGUUUUUUAUUUAAUCUUUCUAAUCAAUUAUCAAUUAAAUAUCCAUUAGAAUUAAUAAAUUUAUUUUUCUAUCAAUCAUUAUCAAUUCUAACUAAACAUGAUUUAAUAGUUUUAAAUAAAAUUCUUCAAUAUUAUCGAAAAAUGAUGAAGAAAAAUUUCUUCAUCCAUUUUAAUUACGUUGUUCAAUUUAUUUUCAAUAAUCAAAAAUUAAGGAAUAUUUCUAAAACAAAAUUAAUCAAUGAUGAAAAUCAAACUGACAUGUUAACAAGUUUUAAUCAAUUACAAAUUCCAUCGCCUUUUCUAUAUCCUGAUCAAAUAGUUAUGAAUAUUGUUUGUCAAACAGUUCGACAACAAAAUGAUCAAUAUUGGUAUGAUUUAAUUUAUGCUGUACAAGAAAAAAUUUAUUAUCAACCUAUUCCAUCAGCUAUUAUCACAGGUUUAUCAUGUGGUAUACAUACAACAGAACAAAUUGAAUUCUCUUUGCCCACCAUCACCAUUUCGAUGGCCAUGUUAUCGUAA